UUGUCUGACUUCAAAGACUCCAUAAAGCCCAGUCACUGCUCCCGGACCCCACAGCGGCUGCUCUGGACGGCACUGCUGAGCUGGCCUGGCUGCCUGUGCUCCACUUCCUGCCCAGCACCAAGGUAAGUGCCAUAGGCUGGGGACCCUCUGGGGGACCCUGGGCCACUGCCACAGCUCCACCAGGAGAAAGGGAUGAGAGGAAGCUGGCAACGAGGGUGCCUGCUCAGCAGGACUCUGCCCUAAUCCGGUGUUAUGAGGGCAUGCAGCCCGGAGGCAGAGGCCGCAGGUUGGGAGCUCCGGGACCAGGAUCUAUCCCUCGGGGCCAAGGUGCAGGAUGCAGGCUGUCUCACACAGACCCACGCCCAUCAUGAGCGUCUGCCCCGUGGUGUCCCAGGAGUGACUGUCGCACACCAAGACAGUGGGGGCCCUAGACACAAGGACUGUCCAUCCGUGCACUUCUCAGUUAUCCACCUCAGCCUCGGGGUCGUGCCCAUGGGAUGUGGUGGGGGAAGGGCAGGCCAGGCACCGCUGGGACACCUUUCCGGGAGAGCUGUGCCGGGCGUGGUGAGGCCCAGUGGUGGCCGAGUUCUGACUCUGCUGUCCAGGACAAGGCAGGAGUCACACUGGCGCCCAGGAUGACUGCUGACAAAGGCGAGUGGGCACCACCCGAGGGUGCCGAAAGUGUGUCUGAGAAGCUGCUCAGGAAGAGCAGGGAGUCACCACUGGUGCCUAUAGGCCUGGCGGGCUGCCUGGGGGUGGCCACAUGCAGGAUCUACCAGCUCAAGGCUCGCGGCUCUACCAAACUGUCCAUACACCUGAUCCACACUCGCGUGGCUGCGCAGGCCUGUGCCGUGGGUGCCAUUAUGCUAGGCGCUGUGUACUCCAUGUACAGAGACUACAGCAAGAGGACGGUGCAGGAUACCAGGGGAAAGUAGGGGCUGUAGCCUGGCUGCAGGGUCCCGUGGAUGCCGAAUAAAGUAGUGCCCGAAAGCCAGGUGUCGUCUGUGGGUGGAGGGCAGAGAGGGGACAACGGGACACGGCAAGGCUGUGGGAGCCUCGGUGAGGGCAAGGCCCCUCCCGCUGGCUGCCCCCUGGGGACCUGACCGGAAGAGGCCGCAGCUGGGAGCGGCAGUGGCAUCGUGGGAGACCACAAGCAUCUACCCAGACCUCACCAGAGAAA